AUGUUGGAUGUUUUUGCCGAUGUUGUCACGGAGUCGCGUGGCACAAGCAGGCGGCAAACACGAGGCUUAGAAGCUAUCGCCCCCCGCACCCACGAAGCUAUCGCCCCCCGCACCCACGAAGCUAUCGCCCCCCGCACCCACGAAACUAUCCCCCCCGCACCCACGAAACUAUCCCCCCCGCACCCACGAAACUAUCGCCCCCGCACCCACGAAGCUAUCGCCCCCCGCACCCACGAAACUAUCCCCCCCGCACCCACGAAGCUAUCGCCCCCCGCACCCACGAAACUAUCCCCCCCGCACCCACGAAACUAUCGCCCCCCGCACCCACGAAGCUAUCGCCCCCCGCACCCACGAAACUAUCCCCCCCGCACCCACGAAGCUAUCGCCCCCCGCACCCACGAAGCUAUCGCCCCCCGCACCCACGAAGCUAUCGCCCCCCGCACCCACAAAGCUAUCGCCCCCCGCACCCACAAAACUAUCCCCCCCGCACCCACGAAACUAUCGCCCCUCGCACCCACGAAACUAUCCCCCCCGCACCCACGAAGCUAUCGCCCCCCGCACCCACGAAGCUAUCGCCCCCCGCACCCACGAAGCUAUCGCCCCCCGCACCCGCGAAACUAUCCCCCCCGCACCCACGAAGCUAUCGCCCCCCGCACCCACGAAACUAUCGCCCCCCGCACCCACGAAACUAUCCCCCCCGCACCCACGAAGCUAUCGCCCCCCGCACCCACGAAACUAUCCCCCCCGCACCCACGAAACUAUCGCCCCCCGCACCCACGAAGCUAUCGCCCCCCGCACCCACGAAACUAUCCCCCCCGCACCCACGAAACUAUCGCCCCCCGCACCCACGAAGCUAUCGCCCCCCGCACCCACGAAGCUAAAGCUAUCGCACCCACGAAGCUAUCGCCCCCCGCACCCACGAAGCUAUCGCCCCCCGCACCCACGAAACUAUCCCCCCCGCACCCACGAAACUAUCGCCCCCGCACCCACGAAGCUAUCGCCCCCGCACCCACGAAGCUAUCGCCCCCGCACCCACGAAGCUAUCGCCCCCUGCACCCACGAAACUAUCGCCCCCGCACCCACGAAGCUAUCGCCCCCGCACCCACGAAGCUAUCGCCCCCCGCACCCACGAAACUAUCGCCCCCGCACCCACGAAGCUAUCGCCCCCGCACCCACGAAGCUAUCGCCCCCUGCACCCACGAAACUAUCCCCCCCGCACCCACGAAGCUAUCGCCCCCCGCACCCACGAAGCUAUCGCCCCCGCACCCACGAAGCUAUCGCCCCCCGCACCCACAAAGCUAUCGCCCCCCGCACCCACAAAACUAUCCCCCCCGCACCCACGAAACUAUCGCCCCUCGCACCCACGAAACUAUCCCCCCCGCACCCACGAAGCUAUCGCCCCCCGCACCCACGAAGCUAUCGCCCCCCGCACCCACGAAGCUAUCGCCCCCCGCACCCACGAAACUAUCCCCCCCGCACCCACGAAGCUAUCGCCCCCCGCACCCACGAAACUAUCGCCCCCCGCACCCACGAAACUAUCCCCCCUGCACCCACGAAGCUAUCGCCCCCCGCACCCACGAAACUAUCCCCCCCGCACCCACGAAACUAUCGCCCCCCGCACCCACGAAGCUAUCGCCCCCCGCACCCACGAAGCUAAAGCUAUCGCACCCACGAAGCUAUCGCCCCCCGCACCCACGAAGCUAUCGCCCCCCGCACCCACGAAACUAUCGCCCCCCGCACCCACGAAACUAUCCCCCCCGCACCCACGAAGCUAUCGCCCCCCGCACCCACGAAACUAUCGCCCCCCGCACCCACGAAAGCUAUCGCCCCCCGCACCCACGAAGCUAUCGCCCCCCGCACCCACGAAACUAUCGCCCCCCGCACCCACGAAGCUAUCGCCCCCCGCACCCACGAAGCUAUCGCCCCCCGCACCCACGAAACUAUCGCCCCCCGCACCCACGAAGCUAUCGCCCCCCGCACCCACGAAACUAUCGCCCCCCGCACCCACGAAGCUAUCGCCCCCCGCACCCACGAAACUAUCGCCCCCCGCACCCACGAAGCUAUCGCCCCCCGCACCCACGAAGCUAUCGCCCCCCGCACCCACGAAACUAUCCCCCCCGCACCCACGAAGCUAUCGCCCCCCGCACCCACGAAACUAUCCCCCCCGCACCCACGAAGCUAUCGCCCCCCGCACCCACGAAGCUAUCGCCCCCCGCACCCACGAAGCUAUCGCCCCCCGCACCCACGAAGCUAUCGCCCCCCGCACCCACGAAACUAUCCCCCCCGCACCCACGAAGCUAUCGCCCCCCGCACCCACGAAGCUAUCGCCCCCCGCACCCACGAAACUAUCGCCCCCCGCACCCACGAAGCUAUCGCCCCCCGCACCCACGAAGCUAUCGCCCCCCGCACCCACGAAGCUAUCGCCCCCCGCACCCACGAAGCUAUCGCCCCCCGCACCCACGAAGCUAUCGCCCCCCGCACCCACGAAGCUAUCGCCCCCCGCACCCACGAAGCUAUCGCCCCCCGCACCCACGAAGCUAUCGCCCCCCCGCACCCACGAACUAUCGCCCCCCGCACCCACGAAACUAUCCCCCCCGCACCCACGAAGCUAUCGCCCCCCGCACCCACGAAACUAUCCCCCCCGCACCCACGAAGCUAUCGCCCCCCGCACCCACAAAGCUAUCGCCCCCCGCACCCACGAAACUACCCCCCCGCACCCACAAAACUAUCCCCCCCGCACCCACGAAGCUAUCGCCCCCCGCACCCACGAAGCUAUCGCCCCCCGCACCCACGAAACUAUCGCCCCCCGCACCCACGAAACUAUCGCCCCCCGCACCCACGAAGCUAUCGCCCCCCGCACCCACGAAGCUAUCGCCCCCCGCACCCACGAAGCUAUCGCCCCCCGCACCCACGAAACUAUCGCCCCCCGCACCCACAAGCUAUCCCCCCCGCACCCACGAAACUAUCGCCCCCCGCACCCACGAAACUAUCGCCCCCCGCACCCACGAAGCUAUCGCCCCCCGCACCCACGAAGCUAAAGCUAUCGCACCCACGAAGCUAUCGCCCCCCGCACCCACGAAGCUAUCGCCCCCCGCACCCACGAAGCUAUCGCCCCCCGCACCCACGAAGCUAUCGCCCCCGUACCCACGAAACUAUCGCCCCCCGCACCCACAAAGCUAUCCCCCCCGCACCCACGAAACUAUCCCCCCCGCACCCACGAAGCUAUCGCCCCCCGCACCCACGAAGCUAUCGCCCCCCGCACCCACGAAGCUAUCGCCCCCCGCACCCACGAAGCUAUCGCCCCCCGUACCCACGAAGCUAUCGCCCCCCCGCACCCACGAAGCUAUCGCCCCCCGCACCCCACGAAACUAUCUCCCCCCCGCACCCACGAAGCUAUCGCCCCCCGUACCCACGAAGCUAUCGCCCCCCGCACCCACGAAGCUAUCGCCCCCCGCACCCACGAAGCUAUCGCCCCCCGCACCCACGAAACUAUCCCCCCCGCACCCACGAAGCUAUCGCCCCCCCGCACCCACAAAGCUAUCGCCCCCCGCACCCAAGAAACUACCGCCCCCCCCCGCACCCACAAAACUAUCCCCCCCGCACCCACGAAGCUAUCGCCCCCCGCACCCACAAAGCUAUCGCCCCCCGCACCCACGAAACUAUCGCCCCCCGCACCCACGAAACUAUCGCCCCCCGCACCCACGAAGCUAUCGCCCCCCGCACCCACGAAACUAUCGCCCCCCGCACCCACGAAGCUAUCGCCCCCCGCACCCACGAAGCUAUCGCCCCCCGCACCCACGAAGCUAUCGCCCCCCGCACCCACGAAGCUAUCGCCCCCCCGCACCCACGAAGCUAUCGCCCCCCGCACCCACGAAGCUAUCGCCCCCCGCACCCACGAAACUAUCCCCCCCGCACCCACGAAGCUAUCGCCCCCCGCACCCACGAAGCUAUCGCCCCCCGCACCCACGAAGCUAUCGCCCCCCGCACCCACGAAGCUAUCGCCCCCCGCACCCACGAAACUAUCCCCCCCGCACCCACGAAGCUAUCGCCCCCCGCACCCACGAAGCUAUCGCCCCCCGCACCCACGAAGCUAUCGCCCCCCGCACCCACGAAGCUAUCGCCCCCCGCACCCACGAAGCUAUCGCCCCCCGCACCCACGAAACUAUCCCCCCCGCACCCACGAAGCUAUCGCCCCCCGCACCCACGAAGCUAUCGCCCCCCGCACCCACGAAGCUAUCGCCCCCCGCACCCACGAAGCUAUCGCCCCCCCGCACCCACGAAACUAUCCCCCCCGCACCCACGAAGCUAUCGCCCGCACCCGACUAUCGGGCGAUAGUGGGUGCGGGAGACGCUAGUUCACGGAGCUAG